UCGUCAAUCUUCAUCCUCAACAACUUCAAACGUUCUCGAAUCAUAACAGGUAUCGAGCAUCAUGAGCGGUAACAACGCAGGUGGGUCCGAGCGACAGAGCUCAACAACAUCAACAUUGGUCUUACCAUCUGUUGUGCUUGGCACAAUGGAUUCUGAUGACACAAGAUCUAACUCGCUUUAUAGAGUAUCGAGAGGCAUUCGCCCUCUUUGACAAGCGAGGAACUGGUCAACUCCCAAAAGAGACCCUAGGAGAAUUGCUCAGGUCAUUGGGUCAAAACCCUACACAGGCCGAGGUCCAGCAACUACAGGGUCAAGUUGGAAACACUUUCGACUACGAUCAUUUCCUGCAGAUCCUCAACCGACCUGAUGGCUGGAAACCAGCAGGCACAGCAGACGAAUUCAUUAAAGGCUUCCAAGUCUUUGACAAGGCUGGCAAUGGCUUUAUUGGUGCGGGAGAGUUGCGAUACGUCCUUACACAACUUGGGGAGAAGAUGUCGGACGAGGAGGUGGAUGAAUUGUUGAAGGGAUUCCAGGUACAAGACGGUCAGAUCAACUACCACUCCUUCGUCCGAUCAAUUCUCGCCCAAUAGCUGCUUGCUUGGGGCUGAGCGUGGGCCUCUGCCAGGGUUCAAGUGUCCGAGCAUUCGAUGGUAAUUUGGUCCUGCUAAAUUUUAUGACAUUACGAUGUAUCCUCUUUUGUCCCCCGACAUCUCCGCAUGACUUGCUUAUAUUCACGGGGUCCCAAUACCCUUGACUGCCCGCUAUAUAUCUGAUGCAAUUUGCAGCUGCUGAAGCUGAACAAGCCCCGGCGAUGGCCUCCGUCGCCACGUGUGA